AUGGCUGUGGUCCUGGGAGAAGCAGCAAAGGCCUGCAUGGUUGGACUUGUGCACAGGCCACCUACCUUCUCCUGUGAACCUUCCAGCCAUGAAGUUUCUUCUUUCCUGUUUCUUGCCAUCCUUCUGACCAUGGAACCAGUGGUAUCAGGCAAACGUCACAUCCUUCGAUGCAUGGGUAACUUGGGAAUCUGUAGAGCCUCUUGCAAAAAGUCUGAACAACCCUACCUCUAUUGCAGAAAUUAUCAAUCAUGCUGCCUCCAUUCCUACGUAAGAAUAGACAUUUCUGGCGAAGAGGGAAAAAAUGACUGGAGCCAAGAGAACCGCUGGCCAAAAAUAUCUUGA